GGUGGUAUGGCUCCACGAAUGGAAUGGGGGCCUCCAAGAAACUCCACUUCCUCAGUUCAGAAGUUUCACUCGGACCGUUGAGAUCGGGGACGGGUUUUCUGCGCGCGCGUGACUCUUUACGACGGGUUUUGGUCGCUCUCUGACUUUAGACCUGUUGUGGGUAUCGUUUUUCUUCGAGGGAGAGACUUCAACGAGCGAAGCGAAUAAGCGACGAACCUUUGAGGUUGAUUUAUUUUCGAUUGGAUCCAGAGGAGCCUAAGGUGUUGUGCAAUAAUUGUUUGGGGCAUUGUGCAAAGAGAUCUAUCCGGCGUGGUGGAAUUCGUUCAAAGCUGCUAUCAGCUGUUUUUAGAGCUGGACAGGAGGGUUCGUUGGGAUUUGUGGUGCUGUCUGAGUAGGAGGAAGUUUCAGAGUCGAAGGAAAACUUGUGGCAACUUUUGCAACCUAUAACUGCACUCUGCAUGUUUGUGAACGUGUCGUGCUGAUGUGACUUGGAUAUGACAGUGUCGUGAGCUUGGAGCCCAGAGUCGCUGAAAGAAGUAGGAAAAUUGAAAACUGGGCGAGCAGCACAGCACGGCGACUGCAUCACACAACGAAGGUGGUGAAAUUGAUAUUGUGCAAUUAAUUGGAGUGUGGUUGGCAAAAUCCGAUGGAAAAUGUGAAAAUUGCAGCCUAAUUGACGAGUGUUUUUUCUGAAUUACUGUUGUUGGGUUCGCAGUAAACCUAAGCCUUCAACUGAGAGGUAGAUGAUGCCAAAAUCGUGCUUUUAAUGACGUGUAAGCAAAGUGUUGAUUGCAUCAGAGGAAGCGCAAAUUAGUCAAAGUUAUUAUCGAGCAAGUGCACAAAACCAGAAGAAGCCAAACAUUGUAUGCAGACAGCGGCAACAGCAGCUGCAAGUUUCCUUUGACGUGUGGUGAAAAAAAGCGAAAAACAAACUCCAGCCAAGAUGGGGCACAAUGAAUGCAAAUCGGGUGCAUACAUAUUCAUACUGUUGCUGAAUGUUGGAUUACUGAUGCGGCAAUCGUCAGCGCAGCAAAACAACUACUACUUCGCCCAAUCGCAGGGCCGCUUCGUGCCAUCGUUCGACAGUCCCCGGAAUGGGUUUUUUCCCUCGUCGAUAAACCGGAAUCAACCGCCGGACUCGUACCAGGAGCAGACACUCUUCGUGGACAGUAGCAGUGCCAACAGCCGGCGCCUGGGAAGUCGCACCAGCCUCAGCCAGCAGCAGCAGCCCACACCCCAGGGCCUCGGUUCCGACGGAGAUGCGGUAACGCCGUCGUACUUCCAAUUCACCUACACGACACCAAGAAGUCAGGAUAUUUUCGAAAUAUCCCCCCGGCCGUUCUCGGUGACGCCUCAGCCCAACUCGGGCUUCCAGUACUCGCGUGGAUCGCUCAGAAACGACUAUUUUUCCAAUGGGUUAAGCUCGAACAGGAAUUUUGCCGCCGGUGCAUCUAGCAGUGGGACGAACAGUAUUGGGAGCAGUGCCAGCGGAAGUAGCAGUAGCAAUUUGGGGAGCAGUAGCAGUGCUGGAAUUAGCAGCAGCGGAAGCAGUUAUUCGUACCGGCAGUCGCAUCGGAAGAGUCCUUUCAGUAACAGUGCCAUCGGGACAAGUCUAACGAGUAAUGAACCGGUGUCAACCGAAGCGCCUCAGCGUCCAUUGGCAACGGAAACGGCAGGACGUGAUCGGCACCUAUCGUAUUCAAACCGAGCUCGUCCAUUCGGUGGCAAUUUGGAGGACUCGUUGCCAGCGACGCGCGGUUUCCUCGGAUCAACGGCGGCACAACAAAGGCAACAGCAGCAAAGCUCCUCUUCCUCCUCGUCAUCAUCGUCCUCGUCUUCGGUGCAAUCGGCGCGAAUUCCACCGUCGGCCGCGCGGAACGGUUUCAGAUCCAAAUCGGAAGACCUGGGUGGAAGCGGCAGCAGCACCAACAGCAACCGGUACCAACAGAACGAAACCAAAGAUAGCGGCACCAGCAGCAGCAGCACCGUCAGCAGCCGGUACACGAAGCCCACGUUGAAGCCGAGCCGAUUCCGAUCGACCACUACGAACGAUCCGGUCACCGCCAAAAGUACGACCGUCGAGAGCGUGGUGCUGAGGAAUCGUUUCGCUGGACGGACGCCUGCACCCAAUGCGCACCGGCCAGCAUUCGACUCAAAACGCGUCAUCGGUCUGAACACUGCAUCGGCUACCCGUGGUGGCCCCAUCGUGAACUCGGCUAAGCCAAAAAGCACCACCACCACUACGACAACUACGCCUAAAUCUUCCACCCAGUCGCGUUUCAUCCACCUUCCGGCUCGCCCGGUAAUUCCAUCGAUCAACAUCACCCACAAUGGAUCGGCCAAAUCGGCUGAGGUUAUCUACGAUUACGAGGAUUACGCCGAAGAUGACAAGGAUACGAACGAAUUUGUUGACGACCAGCAGGAAAUAAAGGACUUCAAACCCACUCAGGCUCAGAAGGGUAACCUGAGGAAAGGAAGUGAGGACACGGAUACGGUUGUGAGUAGUACGAGUAGCGCUCCAACGAGCACCACUGCUAAAGCAAACGAGAAUGAAGAUCGAGGUGGCAGUCUGAACAAUAUAAGCGAAAACGAGUACUAUGACGUGGUAAAGGAAAAUGACAGUCAAACCAGCAAUGCUGAACAGAUUGAAGACCAUACAGUGAUUCUGACCGAUAACUUCUUCCUGCCAAAUUCUGGGUCGGAGGAGCUGGAAGAUGGUGAAUAUGAGGAGGAAGAAGAGACUGAACUGCCCAAAAAGGAAGUUUCGUCAGUUGCUCCCGCACAACAAGAUAAGAAGGAAGUCGAUUCAGCAUACGACGAAGAGUACUUAUAUGAUGACGAUGAACCAGGUCUAACUACAACCUUGAAACCGGAAGUCAAGCCAGUUCCAUCGCCUGCAGCUCCUACGGAACCAGAACAGCAAGAAGAUGUCGAUACAUUGCUUUUCUCUGAGGAAGAUGCUAAGGAAGAGCUUUUACCCGCAACCGUAUCGCAAGAAGUCGAGGCAGAGACAACCCGUGUCAUUCCACUUGAAACUACUUCAACCACCACCACAACGUCUACCUCAACUACGGAGCCCACAAGUGCCGAACCCAGCACAACCACCGAGCGGACACUCAGCAGCUCAGUGGAAAACGAAACUUCCUCAAAUGUGACCACUGAAAGUUGGGUAGUAGUUGCUUCGGUCCAAACAAGCAGAAGUGUUUCCGGUGCUCGAUUCCUGCCGUUCCCUCAGGUCGAGCAGGACGAGAAAAAGCAGAGCUUAUCAGAGCUUGAUGCCAAGAACAGCAAUGAAAGUGAUGAUUUGGACAUAACGACCGUAAGUAGCCAAGAAGUGGAGAAAACGACCGUUGCUCCACAGGAAACGGUUAUUUCAGUUACGGACGACUCGGAAACUCCAACUACCGAGAAAACGCUGAACGUUCAGUCUACUGAAAGCAUCAUUGAUAAGUUGGAUCGAGUUCAAUCGGAGCUGUCGAGUGGGGUUUUGACUGGAAAGUUCCCCGUUUUGAAGGAAAUGGUUACUGAAGACUCGAAGGUGCCAAACUCAUCUCUACCACCGGUCAACAUUCGCAAGUUCCAAGCCAAUAACAGAGCUUCCACCACGAAGAAACCACGACCAACUCCUUCGCAAAAACCAACAACGGCCACCGAAAGCAUAAUCAAAAGCAUAAACUUCGAAACAAUCGCUGUAGAUGAUAUUUCAGCUCUGCUUCCACCGGAUUUCAAGCAAAAGAAUGCAUACAAACUUAAGAAGUUCGGUAGCAGUAGUACAACUCCUGAAUCUCUUGCAGCUGCUAAGGAAGUUCUGAACGAAGAGCCAUUGAAGCCAGAACUCGGAAAUCGAUUCCGUCCGGCGAACAUUAGUCGAUCCUACAAGAGUAACGUUCCAAUCCAGGAGCUAAGUUCCCUACUGCCAAAAGACUAUCGCUUGAAUCGAACUGAAGAGGAAGUCAAAACAACUAACAAUUUGAAGGAACUUAUCAGUAAAAUCAAGGUCAACGAUAAGCCCAACGGAACGUUGGACGUUCUGAAGAAGGUUCAAAAGGUUGAUGUCAGCUCAUUCUUGCCACCUGGUUACAAGCCCCCUGCAGAAACUGGCCCCACUACGAAAGCUCCAAAGCCAGCUAUUAUUGAAGAUGAUGUUAGUAAAUUGCUUCCUCCAGGAUAUAAGAGCUUCAAGACAACAAAGAAACCAACUACCACAGCAUCGUCCGUUAUUGAUGACGACAUUAGCAAGUUCCUGCCUCCUGGUUACAAACCACCCAAGGAGGAAUCCAAGAUAGUAUUUAACGAUGACAUCAGCAAGUUCCUUCCUCCUGGUUUCAAGGCCCCAGCACAAGAAACAUCAACAAAAGCUUCAGUCUCGUUCAACGAAGAUGUAAGCAAGUUCCUUCCACCGGGCUACAAACCUCCUGCUGACGAGAAGGUACCAGAACCAGAGGUCAUUGAUCCAACUAGCCUGUUGAACAAGAUUCAAUUCAAAGAUGUUUCAGCUUUGCUUCCUACUGGGUUCAAUGAAUCUAAACCACAACCAGCUCCUCCAGGUAGCACUGCUGGAAAUGCAGGAAGUAGCUACAAGGUAGUUUUCCCCAGUCGACCGGGCACUGCCAAGAAACCUGGUGUAGGUCGCAUCACUACCCCGAAACCAGCGCAUGCUGAAGGACCGGCCGCCCCCGAUAUAUUGAUCCGCAAGGGACCACCUACUCGCGCCACUACCGAAUUCACCGGAUGGCCAACUCCCUCAACGACCCCACUCUCGAUCGAAAAACUUCUAGAACAGCAGAAACAGCAAGAACUGCUUGAGAAGCUACUGGCUUCAUCUACGACGACGACAACAACUACCACGACCACCACAACUACGACCACAACUCCAAGGCCAACGGAACCAGGACUGUGUCAUUCGGAAUGUGAUCUGGCCGGUACAAUCCGCAUCGUCGACGGAGUCAAAUGGGUACCGGAGCUGCUCGAUCACAAUACGGCAGAAUGGAAACAGCUGGCGAAGGAUGUCGAGGCUCAACUGAACGAAGUAUACAGCAACGCGCAGAAUCUGAGCAAGUGGUACAAGAAGGUGCGCAUCGAUAGCUUCAGCAAGGGCAGCGUUCUGGUGGAUUACUUUGUCGAGCUGGCCGAUCUGACGGAGGACGUCAACACGCUGGAGAUCAAGCGGCUGUUCCAUGAGGCGUUGACGCCCGCUCCGCUACCGACAACCACUGUCGAGCCUAGCACGGAUCUGGACGAAGAAGACGAUGGAGAUUUGCAAGUGCAGAACAAACGGACCAAGGAGAAUCUACAAUCGGCGGUACCUCGUGUAAAGGAGGUCUUCCUGUUGGGCAGAUUCAAAGUCGAUCCGGUUUCGACUGAUUUCACCGUUAUCCCGAAACAGAUUCUUCCACCGGUUGAUCCCGAGGAGGAAGAUCUACUGUUACCUCAGUGGGCAAUAGCCGGUAUCGUCAUUGGGUUGGCUUCGCUUCUCUUCGUGAUACUUUUCGGCGUCACAGUGUUAAUAAACCGUCAAAAGGCAGCCAAGAAGAAGGCACCAACGCCACUGACUGCAGAUAUGUUGAACGAGCUGAACAAGAACCACAUGGGAGGAAUUGACAACUAUGGCUCGGAAGAUCUGUAUAAUCUUGACGACGCGUGGGACGACCAUGGGCACGAUGUGAAACCAAAGCGCUUCUCCAACUCCAUGCAUGGCAGCAGUGCUUCGAAUAUUUACGACAGUUGGCGCUCGCAACGUCAUCCGCCAAACGAUAGCUAUUACUACGACGACUACAACCUGAAGGGUUCACACUAUCCACCGGCCGGUCAUCAUCAUCAUCACCACCACCGGUUACAGGAUGCGGCCUUCAUGCUGCACGAGCCACCGCCACCAGUGAUGGCCAUGUAUCCGCCAUACCACCAUGCCCCGCCACCGCCAACCAGUCACUACAACACGAACUCGAGGCGGUAUUACCGAGAUUACGAUCCUAACUUCUAGGAUGCCACUCCAUCACCAACAUGUUUCCAGUCCUUCAUCCCAGUCAUCUACAUUAUCCCAUAAAAACUAGAGUCGUCGUCGUUUAGUUAUAAUCUUUUUUUUUGUUUUCCCUAAGAUCGAUUCAUACACCUGAAUCCAUAGCUGAGCUGUACCUCAGAUGCAAGUGCUAUGCUGUAGCCUCAUUCCAUUAUCCCUUGAUUCUUUUCUUUACUCAGAUUACUUGCUCGAAUAAGACCCUUAUAGUAUAGUAGGAUAUUUUCUAAUGUAAAUAAAUUAUUUAUUUU